AUGGUCCCGGGCAUGGAUUGUUGCAAACGGGGGUGUAGGUUGGGGAAGACGUUGGUUGAAGUCGGGUACGGGGGCGGUGAACGGCCCGGUGGGUUCGGCAUGCCCUGGCCAGGUAGGGUUGCCUCCAGGUCAUCCAAGGCAAUUCCGCCAUUUUCAUCAACAGCCGCCUUCACAGCCGACAAAGUGGCGGCCAAUGUGGCGGCUGUUGAUGAAAAUGGCAGAAUUGCCUUGGAUGACCUGGAGGCAACCUUUGGCAUGAAUGCCACGAGCAUAUUGCGAAGCAUUCGACUGUUCCAUGGAAUUCCAGCAAUUGAGUCCUUCUUGCGGUUGCCAAACUUGCUGAUGACGACUGACUGGGUUGACAAACUGUUGAGGAUAAGCACUUGGAAUAGACACUUGCGGCGCUUUUAUGGAGUCGAUUGGACGAUGGCCGAUAUUCGACUGAUGGACUGGGGCUCCGGACGUCCCGGGGUUGCAGAGCACGGUGCUGGAGCUGGUGUGGAAGCAGCAUCACAACAUCAACAUCAUCAUCAUCAUCAGAGACCGGUUAAUUAUAAUGAUGUUGCUGCUGCUGCGGGUUUUGUGCAGUACGCAACGAGGUCGACGAAUGCGGAACAGAAUCUUUGGGAGAACCAGCAGGGCUUUUUUGGUUUCCCGCCCAACAGGUUCGGGCAUCCGAGAGUUUCCAUGUCGAUUCCUGGUUCUGUGGGUCCGAGACCCGCUGCUGCUCUGGGUAUCAGGGGACCGCAAAAUGGCUUGCAGGGACUUCAACCAAACUUCCCGAGUUUUGCAUACGUGACGAACCAGGAAUCAGCAGCACAUGCGAUGAGGGCAUCUUACUACCAGUCUACUGCGCCGAUUCGUAACCAGAACCUGUCGUCGCAACCGAUCCCGAUGCCGAACGAGACCCAUCACCAGCACCAGCCGCAACCCGGAACACACCCGUGCCAACCCACGAGUUCCUCUCAUCAUCCCGGACCUGCCAACACUCACCCCUUCCGGUUCUUCCCGACGGAAUCCGUUGGACACGGUGCCAGACCCGGACCCGAACAUUCGGCGCAGCAAUUCUGCAACCCGAAUCCCCGCCGGGAUCCGGGUGUUGGCAGUGCUGCUGGAGAAAAUGUUCCCAUGAUGCACCAGGUUCCGUUUCAAAUUUCCCCGUCCGCUGCUGCUGCUUCGUCUGGUCGUCACGAAAGUCGCGUGUUUGAGCCUGUGGUCGCUGAUACGGUGCCAGAUUUUCAGUCUCACGGUGCUCUUGGAUUGAGACAGCAAGCAACAGGCGUUCCCGUGUCCCAAGCGGAAAGUGGAAUGAAUUCUUUGAGCAAUACGUCAACGUUUCUGACUUGCGGUGGAUCCGUUUUAUCGCAUUCUGCCAAACCUGCUCAUCAGCAGCAACCCCAAGCUUUGGGGAAUCGACAAAUGCAACCCACUUCUCUUCCUGCGUCCAUGACUGGAGUUGGGUCUGCCCCGAGGGAUCUACGAAUCCCGGAAAUUUCUGCCCAAGACCCUCAAUCCGCCCCAAACGCGAGAAGCGUGUCGAGUGGUCUCAUUGCGAGCCCCAUCAGGACGUCGACUCAUUGGACUUCCGAGCAAGAAAAUUUGCAAGCCUUGUUCUCGGGCAACGGGGAUACCGCAACCAGCAGCAGCAGCACCCACGAUCAGGGCAGUGGGAACCCGUCGGAAGAACCCAGCCCUGCGUCAUCAGCGACGUCUUCCCAGCAACAGCAACGAGCCCUGUGCAAAGUGUGCAGCAAGCCGAGCACGUGUGCCUGUGAGUCCUGUCUAGAAGUGGCCUAUUGCUCCGAGACUUGCCAGCAAUCCGCGGCAAAUGCGAGAAGCGUGUCGAGUGGUCUCAUUGCGAGCCCCAUCAGGACGUCGACUCAUUGGACUUCCGAGCAAGAAAAUUUGCAAGCCUUGUUCUCGGGCAACGGGGACACCGCAACCAGCAGCAGCAGCAGCACCCACAAUCAGGGCAGUGGGAACCCGUCGGAAGAACCCAGCCCUGCGUCAGCGACGUCUUCCCAGCAGCAGCAACGAGCCCUGUGCAAAGUGUGCAGCAAGCCGAGCACGUGUGCCUGUGAGUCCUGUCUAGAAGUGGCCUAUUGCUCCGAGACUUGCCAGCGUCGAGAUGGUGUCGUUGGCAAGAGAGGAACCAAAAGGAAAUGUAUUCAUCCCCUCUCAAAACCACAGAGUCAUGGCGAAAAGGCAGCGAAAACGGAUAAUCCUCCUCCCCCAGCAGCAGCAGCAGAUGACUCAACCGAAAAUGACGUUGAACUCUUGAAAGUUGUGUUCAACAACGUUGAAAAUUUGAGAUUUGAAACCAAUCUUGUCGGUUUGGUUUCUCCGAAGCCAGAAGUCGAUGACGAGAAUCACCCCAAAGUUCAACAAAAAGCCGCAACCGAAGCUCGGCGAAGCGGUGGACGUCCUCGCGGUAAAAAGGCGCAGCAAAAACCCGUUUCAUCACGCCCGAAAAAACAAAUUCGUCGGAGUACUGGUGCUGAAGCACUGAAAGAAUUUCAGGAAGAACAAGAAGCUGCUUUGCUACAAAGGCUGAUCAUCGAUUCCGAAUCGCGACGGCGUAUGACCUUCCACACUGCAGCUCUUCAAGAACAUCGCGAACCGUUACCAUUAGCCACGAAAGCUAAGGGCAAGCGGAAGGCGCCAUCUUCCCGGGGUCGAAUGAAGCGUGGAAAACCACGAAAGGGCUCAGACCCACUCUUCACAGAGCAGGACACCCCCAGUGACCCGCUUCUGGUAUGUUCACCAGCAGAUGUCGAUGAUCAAUCGUUCAUGAAAUCCUAUGACUUCGUGAAUUUGGGAUGGAGGACUCAAUGGCACAUCCCUGAGCUGAACUUUCCCGUCGCUGGUCGAUGAGAAGUGAUUUUCAGAAAGUCCUCGGCUUAUUGUGCUUGUUUUUAAAUCCGCUCCGUAUUGGAGCACAAAUUGUGUGUGGGUUACCGUGUGGGGUAAUGAUUUUGAACGUUUUUAUUGCGAUGAGAGAAUAGUUCCGUUUUUACUUGUGUAUUUUUUCACCUGGUUCGCGCUCUUUUGGAAUUUCGAGUCCGUCCCGAUAAGUGUUAAUUUGACUUUCUUUCCCCCCCCUGAGAGUGAAAUCAAGUUUUCGGCAUUCCGUGUUGUAACGGUGUGUGUUUGCACGUACUGUGCCAUGAAAUAUCUAUUGGAAAGGAGGAUGAAGAUGGAAGGUAUGCUUCGGGGGAAGAGAUUGAUGGAUUGUAAAACAUAUUGAGCGGAUUUUGCACUUUUCCUUAUUUAAAUAAUGGAUCCCACGCCAAUUGUCGUGUCCGCGGAUGAGUUGUUUUGGGUUGUUAUAGAGAUGAAGUCGUUUGGAAACGAAUCAAUAUCCGGGCCCGUGAUCCUAAUACCAUGAUAUCAAUUUCAGCCAGAAAGAGCUUAUUGAUGGAAAUCCUACCGCUUAAACAUAUCUCGCGCAGAAUAGAGCAUCUGCUGAAAGUGAAGCUUUCUUUUGUUCAAGAAUCGAGUGCUAGUCUGAGAAUAAGGGAAUUACGGUAUUUCAGUGAGUGUCUCAUCCUUCGGUGGUUAUGAAUCUUGAUUGAAAUUUCUCUUUGUGUUUCCUCGCCUGUGACCGGAAGAUCCGCGCUUCUCACCGGUGGUGCAUCAUUAAAUUCAUCAUACACCCAGUAUGAUCCGAGGCAACUUCUCUGGAUCGAAAUCCUAAGUAAUCGAUGCACAUCAGGAAAGUCAAAAUUCCUCCCAGUUCGUACCAAAGAUGUGUUAGUCGGAAAAGAGUUCUUCGGCUCUUGACUCGUACCUUGAAAAUGUGAAAAGACGCCGUAUUCAUAUCGCGUUGAUGUAUUGAACCUGCGGAAUAGUUACAACACUCGGUGAUUUGGACGUUUGGGCAAAGUGACAAUCGGUCGUGUUCGGCAUUAUGAAGUACUGUACAGCAGGAAAUUUGUUGAUACUGUAUACUUGCGAUGUGCAAACUGAUGAACGUCCCUUUCUUUCGAUCAUUUUCUUUUCGAAAAAGGAAAUCAGGGAUAUAGAAAAUACUUUUUUGAGAAUGAAUUAUGGUGCCCGAAAAUAUACAUAAAUAAAAUAUCGACUAAUGAAGAUUUAUGGAACCCGAGAAAUAAGUAGUCCGAAAUAGUCUUUGAGGAAUUUCAAAAGAUCGACAUUUUACGUGUUUUCAAGACAUUUUGAUUCCCACGUCACGUGACGGAACUCAUUGCUCAAAGUAAUGAAAUUUGUAUUCUAUUCCCCUGUUCUUGAUAAAUUACUGUUGCUGUUCGAACAUCGUCCAGAAACCUUUUGUUUCAGGUUUGAAUGAAAAUGGUUGUUGUUUGGAUUGGUUUUGUUCUGCGGGUUUUGAAGGUGUGCUUGUAUGUGCCAUGCGAACUUUCUCCUGUGAACUGAUUUUGUUGAUUGUUGCUGAAUUUUUUCAGGAGUGCAAAUUGUUUGAGGUGUACUGCGUGUUUACUUGAAAUGAACUGCGUUUGUUGAGUUGAAAAAUGCAUAUUUUCAACUA